AUGACAAAACUGAUUGUCAUUCUGGGAAUAACCAGCACGCAGCCUGGCUGGAAACUGCGAGGAGUAACCCGGGACGCAUCCAGGGCUUCCAGUACAUACUGGAAGGAAAAGGGUGUUGAGAUAGUAGAAGCAGACCUCGACAAACAGGAGUCCCUCCAAGCGGCGUUCAAAGGCGCCAACGCCAUAUUUGGAAACAUCGACUCUAUCGGACCAAUGUAUGAUCCGUACAACUAUGGCAAACUUCGUCCAGGGCAAACCAUCAACGAAUUCUGCUACGAACUAGAGGUCAAGCGUGGCAAAAAUAUGGCCAAUGCUGCUGCUGGGGUGGACACACUUGAGAGAUUCGUUUUCUCGGGUCUCCCCAGCAUCAAAGCGGUCACUAAUGGAAAAUACCCCAAUGCGUAUCAUUUCGAGGCAAAAGCAGCAAUCAUGGCUCAUAUAAAAUCUCUUCCUAACUUGGCUUCUAAGCUUCUGAGAUCGAGACGACCAGUCAAGCAAGAAGAUGGUUCUUAUGCGUUCCUUGUGCCAGGAGAUAGAGACGUACCAAUGCCCAUCACUGUUCAGAGAAAGGAUACUGGGUAUUUCGUUCGAUCUCUCGUGUUGAUGCCUCCUGGCAAAGUCCUCUUGGGCUAUGGCAGUUUCAUGAGCCACGCAGAGUUAAAUCGCGUAUGGACCAAGAUUUUGGGAGUUCCUGACGGCGGUGUAAAGCAUAUUACCGUUGAAGAAGCCAUCAAGUUUGAAGGGCCGCCGCUAGGUAUAGAGCUUGCAGAGGCAGUGGCGGGACUAAUGCAGUUCGAUAUGGACACGCCGGGCUUUAUGCACCCCCAUGAGGUUCCAGAAGAAAUCGGCUGUCCAACAACAAGCAUCGAGGAGUAUUUAAAGAUUGAAGAUUUCUCGUCCAUGAUGGAGGCGCUCUAA